AUGCGGAGCAUGGCGCGACACUCGGGGCUUGGAGCGUCCCUGGACCGCUGGGAUCAACGUCUAAGCCAACCUGUGUUUCGCUUGAACUUGCCAAAGUGGAUGGAGUUGCUCCUGUCCGUCCCGGGGGCGCUGAUGGGUUUCCCUCACGCCUUCUUUGGGCCCACACCCCUGGCUCUGGCUGCAGCGGCCACUCCCAGUGCCAUCGCCCUGAAGUCGUUGCUGCUGAGUUCGGCACUGGGGGUUGGCAGUUUCUACGCCGGCCUUGCUGGGUGGAUCAACUUCACCAAGUCCACCAAGUUGCUGAUUUUCCUCAUGCCAGGUCUCUGUCUGGUCUUAAGCUCCAAAUUGUCUCCUGAGGCAGCAUACCUGAGCACGUGCAGCCUCAUUUGCGCUUCCUUGGCCGUGGCCGUCUCCAUCCCCCUGAAGGCCCUGACGGAUCGCCCACGGCCAGCCACCAACUGGGCGGAGAAGACGCGACGAAGUGCGCUGCUGUGGCCCUACAUCGAGGCGAUGUGCAAAGGCGGGCAGAGCCGGGAAGCGUUGCCCAGCUCCGAUGCUGCUGUGAUGGCGGCGAAUGCUUUCCUUCUGUGGAGAUUUUGGCAUCACCCGGCUGCACCCUGGGUGGCUCUGAUGUUCUUCGCCUUCGCCUGUUUCGGCCGUAUGUAUUUCUGGGCACAUCAUUGCUUCGACGUCCUCAGUGGCGGCUUCCUGGGGAUUAUGGUUACUCUCUGUGUGUUGCACUUCCACUGGGUUUCCACCCAUCACUUUCUUCUGUCCUUCCUUGUCUUCCUGGUAGCCGUUGCUGCCAUGCAGAAGCGCACGCGCCAUCCCUUGAUGCCUACGCCAUCAGCGCAGGAGACCUUGUGGCUGCUGCAGUAUUUGAAGCACUGGAAGCUCGGGCCGCCCAAUGCUGUGGGCCAAAGUGCAGCUUUGAGCGCGUUGGAACGGAGCUGGUUGUGGCAAGAAGCCCUAGCUCUCUUCCAGGAGUUUCACCAGGCCGAUGGCCAGCGACAUGGCGGAAACGGCGUCGGCGCUGCCUUGAGUGCCAUGGCCACCGGUACACAGUGCAAAGGAGCACUACAACUAUGGCAAGAUGUCCAGGAUUUUCUGGAUCUUCGCUCUCAUCUCAUUUGUCGCAAUGCCUUGAUGACCAGUCUGGGGCGCGCUGCGCGAUGGCAACUCACCUUGCACUUUCUCCAAGAUCAGAAUCAUCGACGACUGGAUCCAGACGCCGUGGCCAUAGGUGCUGCUGUGAAUGCUUGUCAGAAUGCCACCAAAUGGGCACAGGCCAUACACAUGGCGAUGCACUGUGGCGGUGGAAAUGCUGCAGCCUUUGAAGCUGCCAUGAGUUCUUGCGAACGUGCUGCGCAAUGGCAAGCAGCCUUGAGCACAUUGGAGGUCUAUGCGUCCAGCUCUGGGCUGGAUGAAAGCAGUGUGCCAACUUUCAAUGCGGCCAUCAGCGCCUGUGAAAAGGCUGGCCGAUGGGAGGCUUCUCUGGCGGUGCUGCAAAAUCUCGCAACGUUACAGCUUCGGCGUACUGCGGUGUCCUACAACGCAGCAAUCAGCGCCUGUGAGAGGGAAGCUCAGUGGCCUAUCGCUUUUCAGCUCCUCGCAGAGAAGCGAAGUGCCUCGAUGCAGGUGGAUCGUGCCAGCCUGGGCGCUGUCAUCAGUGCCGUUGCCCAGGCCUCAUGGGAGAUCUGUUUGGCCUUGGUUGUGAAUCCUGAAGUAGUUGGAAGAAGGCCUCGAGAUAUUGAUGCCAGCAGUUUGUCCGCUGCGAUUAUGGCCUGCCAACGCGCCAACAGGUGGUCUGUUGCCCUUUGUCUCCAUGCCGCAGAGGGACUUCUCAGCUCUACUGUACUGCAACCAGCCGCGGGGCUCUUUGUAGCCUUGGCGUGCGAAGAAGCUGGUCGCUCGGGGUCCAACUUCCGUGGUACGGUUUGGCGCAGCUUUGCUCAUCAACCCAUCGCAGCCAUUGAUGCGGUCAUGGCCAUGGAAGCUUCCCUGCCGCAGAAUGUUCGCAAUCUUCGCGACGGUCACUUCUGGCAGAAGGUCUUCCGGGUUUCGAUCCUUCAGCUCAGAGGUGUGGAGUUGGAGCAUGGAGUGGAGGCCAGGGACCAUGCUGGUGGAGCAGAGGUAGCAGAUUUCAUCAGGGGCUGUGAACUUAGGAGUGGGGAGGCCAAGUGGCAACAAUGUCGUGUCAUGAAGAAAAUCAAGGGCUGUCAUGGCUUAUGGACACCUCGGCUGGCAAAUCUUCCCAGCUUCAUGUCUGCUUGGGAGGCCAAGGUGGAGCUGCAAUUGAAGCUGGACAUCUGGGUGCGCGCGAGAAUCACCUUCACCCCGUUGGUUAUGGAGAGCACAGGGGCUUGGGAAAGCCAAGCGGCCUGUGUCCUGCACAAGAUCGCCACCGCGGCCGCCCUCCGCUUAGGGCAAGAUCGGGCCCAAGUCUUCCAAACUUUGCUCCAGGAAUUGGGAGUUCUGGGUCGGUCCUUUCGAGCUCGAGCAGUUCUUCGGCGUCGGCUUGCCAUGACGGACAGCCUGGAUAGUCCCAGCCGCAGCGCCAGCCGCCGCCCGGUUCCCGACGACAGGUCGCUGGGACAGGUCGUCGGACAGGUGGGACAGGUCGCCCGGCGGCGCAGCCGUGCGGAGUCGCACCUGAGUCACCUGAGUGCGAACAGCGGGGACAACGGAAGCUUGCAGAGUUCCUUGGAUCCCUUCUCCUACCAGGAGAUCUUGGCUGAUCGAAUCAGAACCAACUUCCAUAGCGAUGGUGAGAUGAGCCGCAGUGUGGAUUCGAUGAAGUUCAAGGCUGACUCUCAAGGCCGCACUUCAAGGAACGUUCGGCACGAAGCUCCAAUGACAGCGGAGCGUGCACUCGCGGCGCUGCAGAUCUUCAAGGGCUGUCGGGAGAACUUUAUCAACUACUUGGCCUCCAAUGGAGAGCACCUGAUGCUGAAACCAGGUGAGUUUCGUGAUCUCCGAGGUCACAAACCUGGUGAGGGUCAAGCCUCUACCGCCGUGGUGGUGCUAAGUGGCACGUUCCGCCUGGAGAUUUCAGGGGUCUGUUGCGAGGAGCUAACUGUGGGACAGGCCUUCGGCUUUGCGGAUGUGCUGGCGGCAGGCUCUGAGAGUUACUCCCAGAAAAGUGGCGCGUGUACUACUGCCGCCGCGGUCUCUUUGAGAGCCAUCGCCAAGAUCGCGGAGGCGCGGCAUCCGCCGGGUUCCAGUCGCAGUAGCAGCAUCCGAGCACCAUGGAGUUGCUUCUUGCUGCGCUCUUCCGCACUGCGCCGUGCAUUGCAGGAAUAUCCCUCGGCACAGGUGACUCUCCAAGCUUUGUUGCAGACCUUCCGCACCAUGGAUUUGACCAAACCACUCUUGCCCGCCUUGCAGUGCAACGAUGCUGCGAAGGUCUUGUUGUCGAGGAGUUCAACCAGGCACAUCCUUUGCGCUGGUGAGAACAUUGUGAAUCAGAACAAGAGGAAGUACGAGGGAGUGAUUCUCCUGCUUCGUGGCACCGUGUCGUUGCAGAUCAAUGGUGUUGAGGCUCGACAAAUUACUGACGGACAGGUGGUGGGUGAAGAGAUGCUGAUGAAAGUGACGCCCAAAUGGAGGUACAGCCUUUGCUGUUUGACUUUCUGCGACGUGAUCAUCUUGCAUCGCCGGCCCUUUCUCAACCUGGUAAAAGAAGCGAAACCACCCAGUUCAUCAGAAGAAGGACUCGAGUGUCAGCGCUUGGCUUUCCUGCUGGCGGGUCCAUGGCGCGAGGAGCAAGUCAUCGUCUCCCUGCCCAUCUUCCAUGGCUUCGAUGGAAAUUUUCUAAGUGUUUUACCGCAGCUGAUGGAGACGCGAGUUGUGAUGCCAGGGCACAAAAUUUGGGAAGCCACCCCCGAGGAGAGAUCUCUCUUUCUGCUGCUUCAUGGAACAGCUGACGAGAUCCUGACGACCUACAAGAAGCGACGUGCCUCACAGCUGACCCAAGCCAGGUUGAAAGGCGGACAGGCGUCGGAGUAUUUGGUGAGGACUUCCCGGAGAACAUUGAACCAGGGCUCCUGUGAAGGAGGAGCACAUAUGCUUGGCCUCAGGAAGGCGGGUGACAUCAAGGUCAUGGCUCGCAGCAUCGUGGUGGUGGCCAUUUUGCAUCGCCCGGUCUUUCUGUACCUCUUGCACGCGCAGAACGUGAAGAUCCAGGCUCCAGAGGUACUGAAGAUGCUGGGCGAGGACUUGGACAUAGAGGAAGAGGCAGAGGAGGAGUAUCCCACCGCGGAGAGCCUGGAGGCUUGUCUUCCAAUCCUCCGAGGCCUCGAUGAGGCCUUUAUGGCUUCACUGUUGCGCGGGGGAAGCAGCUGCUUCUACAUGGAAGGGCAGCAGCUUUGUCCUCCGCGCAUCCUCUGUGAGUCCCUGUUUGUGGUGCUCCGGGGCGAAGUUUGGACCGAAAUGAAUGGCAUCUUUUUGGAGAAGUAUUGCCAAGGGCAGGCGCUUCACAUCUUAGCCCUGGCGUUGGGCUUCAUCCCUUCCUAUGAGUCGCGCUGCAUCCGCAUCAGCGAAGUGUGGGCCCUGCCACGCAAAGUUCUGAUGACGUCCCUUGAUCGCUAUCCGUCCAUGAAACGGAUCUUAGCUGUUUUGACCUCCAUGCAACUCUCAAGGCUGACCAGCGCUGGUCCAACAGAACACAAGGAGGAAGCCACACCGCCUCUGGUGACGUCUCCGUCCAUGGCACCGACAUCUGGUGACUUCGCAGGGCCCGUGGACUUGGCGGCGCUGGCGCUCUUUCAGGGCAGCUCCACGGACAUGUUACAUUGGAUCCAGGAUAACUUGGAGCCCAGGAUUUUCUUCUCUGACAGCUGCCUCUUUCGCGAAGGAGACCACUCGGAGAGUUUUUACAUCGUGUGUAAGGGUGCUGUCAGUUUGGAGAACGCCACCAGCCAGGAGACCUGUGGCCCCGGUGGUACCUUUGGAGAAGCGGGGCUUCUGGCAGUGUCCGAGACCGCCUCGGUGACGGCGAGCUCCCUAGAGACGUCCUUGAUUCAGGUCCUUCAUCGGCAAGUCUUCUUGAAAGGCGUGGCCUCCUUUCCCGCAGAGGUGGAGCACUUUGAUCAGUUGGCUGUGAAGCUGCUUCAAUCCAACGAUGCCUUGAAUCACGUGCCCAUCUUGGAGGGCUGCUCUGAAAGCUUCAAGAUGCAGUUGGCGCCCAAAUGCACCACGCGACUCUUGCGGGAAAACGAGUGCUUGGUGCAGAAAAGCUCCACACGAGGACGCCUUUGUGUGAUCCGAAGCGGUUCCGCCGUGGUGGAGGAAAAUCGGGGUGCGAGGACAGACACCAAAGAGUCGCAGGGCAGCAAGAGCUGUUUUGGGAGGCGAUUAUGCAAAUGGGACAUUGUCAAUGCCGAUUUGGUCCUUGGAUUGGUGCCACUGGCACCGCACAACGUCAUUGUGGAUAACUUCUGCGCGGUCACUGAGAUUCAGGACACGGAUUUCAUCAACAUCCUGCAGAACUUUCCCGAGGAGGUCCCAACCCUGGUGUCUCGGCUCAGUGGUUUGUGGCCUAUGGAGGUGGAUCAAAUUUCCUUCUUCAGCGGUAUGGCGUCCUCGAACUUUCAGCGUCUCAUGAAGGAAGGUGAGUGGAACAUGCAUAUGGCGGAGCGAACAGUGGUGAGGCAAAAUCGCGAAGGCACGGCGCUGCAUUUGCUCUGCUACGGUUUGGCCGUGCGACUGGUUGACGACGUGAUCCUGGGAAAUCCACUAGCUCAGGGUGAGGUCGUUGGCCGCGCGAACUUCUUGGGCUUCACCAAGCGCUAUCCUGUCACAGUGCGGACACAGAGUGUGUGUCACUUUCGUACCAUGUAUCACUCGCAGCUCGUAGAGAUGCUGGAGACCGACUUCCCCCUGCGUGAAUGGUUCGAGCUGGCCAAGGUGCAAAACUACGCUGAGUACAACCACGCUCAGCAGAAGGUGGAAAUCUUCCGCGCCAAAAUGAGGCGCCGGACGGAACAAGCCUUCGACAAGCAUGUACGCUUUACCCGCGCCAACCGCAACAAAAAGCAAGGCCUCAUCGACACCAAGGCCAAAAGACUGGUAGAGCAGUUUCUCCAGAGCACCCAGAAGAGGCUCCCGGAGUCGCCGGAGGAGAGAAGUCCAUGCUCGCAGAGACGAGACGUCAGCGAGGACUGGGUUGCACUGCAAGAAGCUUACACCAUGCUCAGGCGAACAGCAGCAACUCCAGGCAAUGCUUCGCAGAGCCUGGAGGGGACUUCCGCUGAGGGCCAGUUGGAACAAAGCAGCACCAGGUCAGGCUUUUCGGGCUCUGAACAAAGCUUUCAGGCCGAAGAAAGAGAAGCCUCCAAGAAGAGGAGCACAACAGGAGGAGCUGCUUCGAGUGCUUCGAGCUCGCAAGUGGUGCUUCGUAAGCGGCUCCCCGGCACAGGCAGUUGGAGCGUCAGUGGCCCGGGUGAUCUUCGACACAUCAAGGUGGCCAUUCAUAGCUUCUGCCAAGCGAAAGAGAAGGACCAUUUAAAGAGUCGGCUCUUGCGAAUCAUGCGGAACAACUACGAGACAGGCACAGCCACGCUGGAAGAUGAUGAUGAGAGUGUGUCAGAGGAGGAGCCGCGGCGAACGCAGGAAGCAUCGUUGGGCGUUCGACCACCUCCCAGGCUAAAUGCCGAGGAGUUACAACGCUUAGAUGACCUGCUGCCGGCGUUGCCGGGGAAGGACUUCACCUCGUCAGACACCUCGACAUCACGCUUGGGGCGUGCGCUCCAUCGAAAGUUCCAACAUUUGACGAAGGUCACAUCGAGAAAAGAUGCCAGGGCGCAGGUGAGCAGAAGCAGCGGCGUAGCCCGAAGCGUUGAGAUACGUUGA